UGCCAAGGCUGCAGCCAUGGGGCGGGAGUUUGAGAUGGGGCUGGUUUUACUGUGGGGCAUUUUCCUGGGCCGGGGGGCUUUGGCUGAUCCGCAGAGUUCUGCAUGGUGGCAGCCGGAGACCUGGGAUCGCGCCCCCUUGCCCCCUUCCUCCUUUUCCAGGGCUGCCCCUGCCACGCCCCACGCGGUGCAGGUUUCCUGCGAGCCCCACCGCUUGGUGGUGGCAGUGCACCGGGAUCUCUUUGGGGUGGGCAGGCUGGUGGCCCCCGCGGACCUGACGUUGGGGGCGGCCUCGUGCCCCCCCGCGUCCUUCAACGCUGGCACAGACGUGGUCCUCUUUGAGGCUGGUCUCCAUCAAUGUGGCAUCGCGGUGGAGCUGACCCCAGAACUGCUGGUCUACCGAACGAGCCUGUUCCACAAGCCGUCUCCUUCCGCCAAUUCCGUCAUCACCAGGACCAACGCCGCGGAGAUACCCAUUGAGUGCCGCUACCCCAGGAAAGGCAACGUCUCCAGCCAAGCCAUCAAGCCCACCUGGGCUCCCUUCAGGUCCACGGUGUCGGCCGAAGCGAGGCUUGGGUUCUCGUUGCGGCUCAUGAACGAUGACUGGAGCGGAGAGCGGCUAUCUUCUCGCUUCCAGCUGGGUGAGAUCCUGCACCUGCAAGCCCAAGUCAAGGCGGAGAACCACCUGCCCCUGAGGCUCUUUGUGGACAGCUGCGUCGCCAGCCCUGAAGCCACUCUGGGGUCUACGUAUGCUAUUGUCGACUCCAACGGGUGCCUGGUGGACGGGAGGCAAGAGGGCGUCUCGUCCGCGUUCCUCGCCCCCCGAGUCUCCGAGGGUACGCUACGUUUCACGGUGGACGCAUUCCGGUUUUCCGGGGACUCCAGGAAUAUGCUGUACGUGAUUUGCCACCUCAAGGUAACGCGAGCCGACCAAAUGCCAGAUGUCCGGAACAAGGCUUGCUCCUUCGACGUUGCCAGCAGCACCUGGCUUCCUGUCGAGGGACCUCGGAGCAUCUGCAGCUGCUGCGAGGCGAGGAACUGCGACCGGGUGCCGGGAGAGCAGCCCCCCAGCUUCCGCCCCAGACCCCGGGCCGUGGGGAUGAGCUGGCAAAGGAGCCUGCCAGCCGAGUUGACCGCACCCCAGGCCCACCUGACGCUGGGACCCCUCUAUGUUUUCGACUCCCCGGAGAGCGUUGCAGACUUCCCAGGAGACCCGGCCGGCUCUCGGAAGAUGGCGGUGGAAGAGUUCAAGGAAUCCAAGGUAGAUGUAAUGAGACCCUCCCUGCCCUUCAAAGACCCGGGAAGGUCGGCCAACAUCUCGGAAGAGCAGGAGGAUAAUCCUGAGCCGCCAGUGGAUGUGUACAUGAGGAGAGGCCCCAUCUUCAUCAGUGAGGCUGAAGAGGGAUCUGGGUUUCCGGACCUAGUUGAAGCAGCAAGGCCAGAGGCGAGGAAAGCGCUGGAACUGAAGGCUGAGGUUGUCACCAUGACCCUCGAAGGUGCUAUCUCCAGGGCGGAGAACCGUACUGCCUCCAGGGCUGGGGAACUCACUGCCACUGCGUCGACAGCUGCCCCCGGAAAAGGGUGGAAGCCCACCUUCCAGUUCUUUGCCAUGGUUCUGAUCAUCGUAGAAUCCACCAUGCUCCUCAUCCUUGCCGCCGUUCACCUGUCCCUCAGACACCACGGCCGUCCGCGUUCUUCAGCUCAGCACGACAUCCAACAUUUUUAAGCAUCUUCCAUGCAAACUGUUACCAAAAUAAAGCACUUUAAAGAAACACACACGC